GAAAGUCGCUAGUCGCGAUCGUGUCGUCAAGUAUCGCGGGCCGAUCUUCGGAUACAAUCGGACAUUGUCAGGGAGAAAAUGAUGAAGAGUGAAAAAUAUAUCGGUGACGAAUACGAUGAUUUCAUCAAGCCCGUCAGAAUGGCUUCUAAAUUAAUUUCCAUUUGGCCAUUAGAAAAGAAUCAUACUGCCAACGCAUUAUUUCUCAACAAUUGCUACUUGAUUUGGUUACUUUUUGUGGUGUCCGCGAAUCACCGGAAUUUGAGACUAUAUUCGACGUGCGUCACUGUGACGGCCGAUGCGAUUUAUCACGCUGACGAUUUGGACGAAUUAACGGAAUGCGCUCUGCUUUGUUCCGCUUUUUAUCUUUCCGUGAUACGUCUCAUCAUCUAUUCGCUUCAUCGAAAGGACAUGUUAUACGUGGUUGAGAUCAUGAGAAAAGAUUGGGUUACAUCGUCUUAUGAGGACAGGAUUGUCCUGAAGAAGAAAUGCGUAUAUGCGUUCCGACUAACGAAAUACUUCACAAUUAUGGUAGCUGCAAACGUAAUUAUGUUUUCGUGUGUGCCGAUAUUAGAGACUUAUCUUCUGGAUGCGAAGGAGAAGGUUCUGCCGUUUCGUGGCUACUUCUUCAUUAACCAGACAGUCUCGCCCGUCUACCAAUGUCUCUAUGUCUUCAACGUAAUGGCCGGUAGCUAUGGAGCUACCACAAUAAGCAGCGUAACCGGUUUCAAUCUGAUCGCGAUAACGCACGGAUCGGCGAAAUUCGCGGUGUUGCGAAGGAAGCUCGAGUUGAUGAGCAGCGACGACCCCGACGUCAAGAAAGUUGUGGUGGAUUGCGUCAAGUGUCAUCAAGACGCUAUCACCUUCGCAGACACACUGGAAAGACUCAUAAAUGUCCUGGUACUAGGACAGUUUGUCAUCAGCACCGGUCUGCUGUGCUUCGCGGGAUUUCAACUCACCUCGAUGUUGAAGAACAAAGGACGCUUGAUGAAAUACUCGGUUUUCUUGAACGCCGCGAUCCUUGAGAUUUUCAUGUUCAGCUUUAGCGGAAAUGACUUAAUGACUGAGAGUGACGCCGUGGGCGAGUCGGCUUACAGUAGCGGUUGGAUCGGCGGCACUUUUGGCCGAAGUCUGCAGAUCAUGAUGUUACGGUCGAUGGUUCCUUCCAGGAUCACUGCCGCCAAAUUCUACAGCAUGUCCCUCCAAAGCUUCACCCAAGUGCUCAGUACAUCCUUCUCGUACAUGAUGGUUUUGAUGGCUACGAGCGACGAAUAGGGAUCAGCGCGGCAUUGGCAAUCCAGCGCGGGCUCCGUCUCACAGAGAAUACGCCAGUCGAAGCCUGUCAGCCCGAAAAUACACGCGAGGAUCAAAGGGGGCCCACGUGAAAGUCGCGGCGCGCUCUCAAGAUCCGCAUAAAAGGCGGAUGAAGAAGCCGCGGGGCUGCGGCGGGAUGAGGGCCGUAUGGCGAUACGCGAGGUGAAAUACACCCCGUAACGGCCUCCGAGAACUCCUUCUGUCUCUCCCCCUCUUUCUCUCUC